UUUUAUUAUUUUUAGGAAAGGAAAGGUCGUAUAAUUCAUUUGCUUGAUACAUGUGAGACUAUAAACUGCGAGAACCAAUUUCAUUAAUCAUGAAAAUCUUAAUAAAGUUAUUCCUACUAGCACUAGUAGUAGGAUUAGCUUUUUCAAUACAUUCGAAUCCUUUGCAAGUUGCUGUUACGGAUUACACAGAAAGUUUAACAUUAUGUUCCACGGAAUGUACUGAUGGAAUUUCAAAUAACAAUGUGCUGUUUGAUGAGAACAAAAAAUAUGGGUAUGUGUUUAGUGGUAAGACCACCAUUAUUGCUCCGACUGAUACCGAAGAAGGUAUAUCAGAAGUAUCGAUCAAAGGAAGAGCCAGUAUAAUCGGGACACAAAAAUGUGGUGCCAUCCUUUAUGUUAAAAAUAUUGUAAUAACUCAAGGAUCAAAGGCGUAUAGCCAAGCAGACUUGCAGGAGCUAGAAGGCUAUCCAGUACUGUUUUCUUACAAUAAUGGAAAAGUUGGUCAGAAUAUCUGUUCAAUGGCACAGGAUUCUACUGUGUCGUUGAAUUUAAAACGAGCAAUUAUAUCAUCAUUGCAAGUGUCGUCGAUACAAGAAGAUCAAAAAGAAUUUUUUGAGACUGAUGUUCAAGGAACGUGCAAUACUACAUAUUAUCCUUCGACAUUGUCGAACUCGCAAUUCACUAUAAUGAAAGAGAAAGAUCUUACACAAUGCACGGGGCACGAAAAAAUCAAUUUAUUGGGAUUAUCAUCAGCACAAUCGUAUCCGGUUUAUGAAGAUUCUCCAUUCUCAACAGCCGUUCAACGUUCUAAAAUCAAAAUAAAAGAUUCCGCAUUAAUAUCGGUCAUCAAUGAAGAGACUUUCCUCUAUCAACCGUUUGGCGCAAUCGACGUAGUAACUAAAAUAAUGGCUUCCAUGACCAUGCAAUUAGCAAAAAUAUCAACGAUUAAUCCUAUUUCAUUAAACCGUCUGACCAAAAGCCAAUCUAUAAUGUUUGAAAAACCAGCUGCAAUAAUUGGAUCGGCUGAUGCGGAUGCGUUAGUUGCUGCAACUCAAUUGGCUUUGACCAAACUCGAGCCAGUUGUCGAUAUAGAAGGUGGCAAUAGUUUUUCAAAUUUAAUAGAAUUGUUAAAAGUGGCAAAAAAGGACGACAUACUUUCUGCAUUCCAGCAAAUAAUGAGUGAUAGCGGUGAAUCUGAGUAUACCCAAAUUGCAGAGGGAAUUUUCAUAAAUGCUCUUAUGGCUGCUAAUAGCGGUGAAUCUAUUGAAGCUGUUGUAGAACUCAUAGAAAAUCAUAAAUUAAGCGAUUCAUUAACUAUUUCAUGGUUUAAUAACUUGGCAAAUGCAAAACACCCCACCAUUGAGGCAGUGGUCAAAGCAUCAAGCUUGCUCAAUGACAGAGCUUUAAAAGAAGGAUAUCUUGGAGUUGGCGCUUUGUUAAGACAAUACUUACAAGACACUCAAGAUUUUAAUAACCCUGAAGUAGUAAAUACUUUAAAUAAUUUAGGAGCUCCGUUAAAGAAUGUGGGCCAUGAUUCAUUAUCAGCUCACGACGAAGAUCUAAUUAUUGCUAGUCUAAAAGGUAUCGGCUAUGCGCAAUACAUAAAUAGUGAUCUAGAAGAUUUGAUUAUUCAGAUUACGAUGGAUAAAAAUACUAAUCAAAGGAUUAAAGCAGCAUCAUUAGCUAUGCUUAAAACCUAUGCUAAAAAUUCGAAGGUGGAGAAAGCUUGUGAAAACAUUUUUACUGAUACCAUGGAAGAUUCCGAAUCACGUAUUUUAGCAUUCAAAGUAUUUGCCAUUAAUCCAUCCAACUCUAAAGCGUCUGUUAUAAAAAAUGUAUUAGAUGACAAAAACACUCAACUUCAAAUCCGAGCUUACUUACUUAGCUACUUGAGUAACUUACAGACGACCGGAGAUGAAAAUAAACUAGACCAAAAAAGAUUUUAUGAAAGAAUUAUAACUAAGUCAUCAAAAAAACCACUUAAUGACAUUUUACGUUAUUCAAAGAAAUUGGAAUAUUACCAUCAAUGUCCACUAAUACAUAGUGGAUUUUUGUUUGACGGAGAAGUUAUUUAUUCAUAUAAGACUUUUUUGGCACGAUCUUCUUCGGCAUCACUUAAAACGAUCAUAUUUGGACGUCAAUAUGAUGUUUUUGAUAUUGAUAUCCGUUUUGAAAAUUUGGAACCGUUAUUGGAAAAACUAUUUGGACCCGAAGGAUAUUUUGCAAAAAGUAAAGGAUCUACUUUCGAUGAUAUUAAAAAUUAUAUAACUCAGGCAAUCAACUAUGCUAAGAAUAGGGAACAGAAUGGUGUAGAUUCUAAAUCGUAUUCUGAACAAUCUAGUGAAAAUAUUCCCGAAGAAGAAAUGAAAAAAAUGUAUAUUGAUAUAGCACUUAAAUUAUUCGGAAAUGAUCUUGGUUGGUUUACAUUCCAAGGACUUGAACAAAAAGUUACUUAUCAACAUAUAAUUGAUGCUAUACUUAAAAAUUUUGAUAAUUCUAUGACUGACAAAAAAAACAUAGAAUUGAAUAUAAGGAAACAAAUACCAAUUGUCGAUUUCGACAAUAAAUACGCAACAUGUUCUGGACUUCCAGUUUCCUUAAAAAUCAAGGCUACGUCAGCAAUUAAAUUUGAUAUAGCUACUACGAUUGACUUAAAAAGUUAUUUUGAACAUCCAGAAAAUUCAAACUUUGCACUCAAAUUUAUACCUAGUGGUUCACUUGAUUUUAACUCUAUAUUAACAAUUGAUGGAUAUGCUGUUGAUGUUGGUUAUAAACUAGCGUCCUCACUCCAUACUUCCACAGGAUCUGAUUUCUCAUUAGAGACUGUUCAAAAACGAGGUUUUGAAAUGGUUUAUGGACUUCCCUUAGACGUUAUGGAUAUACUAACUAUAAAAUCUGGAGCUUAUUCGACAGUACAAGAAAAAGGAAGUCAAUCGAUUGAAGUACCUCUUUUGUCUACAGGUGUUGAAAUGCAAUCUUUUACAAGAACAUUUGAAAAAUUUAAGGAUACUACAGGAUUAUCGUUUUUCAUUAAUUAUGAUUGUCCAUGGAACGGAGAUUUAAAAUCUUUACUACCAUUUUCUGGUCCAUCGUCAUUUUCUUUAAAAAUUUUUAAAGUCGAUGAAAAAUUAACUAAAUAUGUUGUGAAAGGAAAUUAUGACUUUAAGUCACCAACGCUAAAAUAUAUUAAGUUCAUAUUUGUUACACCGAAUACAGACAUCAAACGUGGUUUGGAAUUAGUCGUUGCUUAUGAUACUAAAUCAGAUAAAGUAUUAUUAGCGAAGUUUAAAACUCCAUACACCAAAGUAACUCUACAAGGCACAUUAGUUGAUUCCGAUGAACAAAAGACCAUAGAAGUUAAAUAUAUUGAUGAUUCCCAGCACGUUUUUAGUGCUGGAGUAAUAUGUGAAGAGAUGGAUGCUGAAACAAUAAAAUAUUCACCAAUAUUUGAAGCUAAAGUGAGCACUAAAAAAAACAAACAUGAUUUCGUACCUGUGUUUGACAUAGAAGGACAUGUUCUCGUGAAACGUAAUACGAAUCCUGAAAGUAAUUAUCCAACUAAAUUAACUUUAAGAGACAUUGCUGUUGUUACUCCAAAGAGCAGACAUUCUUUACAAGGGUCGCUUACUUUUGAAAACAAGGGAAUUUUAGGGGAUAUUAGUUUAAUUGCUAACAAUAUUACUAUUAAUAUGAAAGGACUUCUUAGUGGAGAUUAUCCAACUUUCAAAUUGGACUUCAGUUUAGAUAUGACUAGAAAUGAACAAGCCAAUCAACAAUUGGAAACUGAUGGAAGCUAUAAUAAACCAAAUUCCAAAUUUAUUGCUUUACUAUACAAUGUCAAGAAAUUGAAUUUACUUACAUCUCACGAACUUCAUAUAAAAUCCCCAUUUGUAUUCUUAAGUAAUAAUUAUAUCCGCUUUGAUAAUGAAUAUUUAGAAGCAAACUGUGACAUACUAAUUGAAAACAGUGAACCCACUAUACACGGAAAUAUUUCGGCUUCCAAUUUCUUCGAUACGGCAUUUAAUGCUAACAUCACUGUUCUGCCAAGGACUGAAGAAACAGGGCUAUUCGUUAAUGGGGUUUUAGAACAUUUUCUUGUUUCGGACUCAUCAAAUACUGGGUAUAGAGAUUUAAAAUAUAUUCAAAAUAAAAAUAAAAAAGGCAGUAAUUUGGAAUUUAAUUCAAUAUAUCCGCAAACAUUUGGACGAUAUCAUAUUAAGACGGAACAUAAGUCUACAGACGAUUCUUUCGAAUAUGCUCUUAAUUAUGAUAUUAACGAUGGUUCCACAUUUACAGUUAAUAUAGAGAUUUUAACAGAUGAUAUUACUUGUAAUAUUAAUCUUGAUUCUCCCGACUCUGAAUAUAAGUCUUAUAUGAUAGUACAUGCUUGGUUAGAAACAGAAAACACGUAUUCACUUGAUACUAAGGUCUUAUGGCCCAGUGAUGAUCAAAAUUCAAACUAUUUGAAUGCAAAUGGAAAAAUGCUUUUAAACGGAAAUCAAAUCCAUUUCAGUGGAAACAUUGAUUUUCCAUUAGCACAUUUAGAAAAUGUUCACUUAUCUGUAAAAAAUAAGCCUGAUCCUGAAAUUGAAGAUGGUGGAUUUGCUACAAUUCGCUACACAUCUAAUAAUCAAGUUUUACUAUCUAAAAAGUUCAAGUAUAAAUUAAUACUAGAAGAUGGUGAAUUUUGUGUGUCUGGAGAGAGUAUUUACGAUAAAUCACAGAAUUUCAAACCCAUUAGUUUUGAAAUAAUGUACAAAAAUUACACAGAUGAACAAUCCUUUAAUGGGAAACAGAUUGCAUACAAAAUCGCACUGGAACAUAAUGAUCGGCAAAUUCUAUACCAAAAACUUUUGCAAGUCACUAAACACGCAUUUAAUUAUAGACAAAUACACAAAAUAGAUGAUGAAGAACAAAAAAUAAUUAUGAAUUUGGAAUAUGAUAUAACAAGUUUAUUCGAUUGGUCUUAUAAAUUAAUAUUUAAAGUGAAUUCCCCGAGUGUUUUUCAUUAUUUGACAAAUGAUAACCAAAAUUUAUUAGAAUUUAAAUCUUAUAAGAAAUUUAGUGAUUACUCAUCAGAUGAAGAGCAUACUCUUCAAAUUUAUUCAUCAGAAGGUUUAACUGAUUCGUACGAAUUUAAAUGGCUUAUAAAUACUGAAAAAACAGCAUUUAGGAUUUUAAAUAAACAACGUGAAAUAAGAGGUUUAGCGCAUUAUAACUUAGAAGAUAUUCAAGGAGGAUACAAUUUGAGUUAUUCGGGAAAAUUGUGGUUAGAUUUUAAAACAAACCCGAAUUCUGAAAGCUCCUUGUUCAUAAAUACUUAUUAUUCACUUCAAGAUGGACUUUCUACAGCCAGUGACAUAAAAAUAUGUGUGCCAACAUUUAAUGAUAAGGCAAUGGGUGUCAAAACCGAUGUUCGGAUGUUUAAGAGCACGGAAAAUCCUUUAAAUAUACAAAUGGAACUUGAUAUUUUCCCCACUACAGAGCAAACAUUAAAACUCCAUACUAGCUUGAAUAAAGACGUUCAAGAUAGUGGCGUUUUGUAUUCUGCCUCGUUAACAGCUAAAAGCGAUGGAAUGAAAUUAGGUUAUAGAUUAAAAGAUUCUGUGUAUAUUUCAAAUGAGAAAUGGGGACAAUAUUUAGAUGUACGUUUCGUUGACUCGAAUAACGAUGUUAUACCGAUUCAACUACAUUUAGAAUUUGUGCCUAGAGGAUUUACUAACAAAAUCAACAUUUUUGAUAUUGCCGUGAUCGAUGUUGAUUCAUCAAUCAUGGUUAAAGACGGAAUUUUGAAUACACGUUCGUACAUACAUUACAAUGAUCGCCCAUAUAAUUUUGAAGUGUCGUUAACUUCAAGUCCAAGUUUCAAAUACAUAAUGGGAUGGAAAAAUAAAACGGGAAGUUUAGAACAGCUGAUGGUCGAAGGUUCUCUUGUUAUGGAUGAAUCAGCAGUUAUUAGUGCUACUCGUAUUCAAAACAAUGGAAAAGACGUCGUACCUGUGGGAUACGUAAAAAAGUUCUUAGACGAACAAAAUUGGUGGGAAACAAGUAACCAUUUGAGUUCAGAACAGUUUAAUGAAAUUUGGCAAUCAUUAAAAGGACAAUUUAUUGAAAUAUUUAUAAGUAUACACAGUAAUAUGAAAAAUAUAAUUAAUGUUGCCAAACAACAGCGUAAAGUACGCUUGCAUGAAGCAAGAAAAGCCCAACCACAAUAUCGUGCAUUGAUGAAUUAUACGAGAGAUGAGUUUAAACAAAUAAUUAAAGAAGUUUCGGAAGACGAUUAUAUACCACAAAUACCAAAGUUGAUAAAAAAUACUAUAGAAGCUGUAUUUUCCGAUGUUAUUGAUUUCAUUGAUCAUAACAGCCACCACUUCGUAAACGCAAUUAGAUAUCUAAAUGAAAAAAUGGAAAUUUAUUUAAAGAAAAUGUAUAAUUAUUGUUCAAAACAAGCAAAUAUACUCAUGAAUAAAUUUAAGCAUGAUAUUGAUGAAUUAAUCGAUCAAGUGGAGAUUACUUUACGGGACUUAUUAAAACAAUUAAAUCUAUAUACUAACGAACCAAUGAAUGACAUGCAGUCAUCAGAACCUCGUUCGAUUAAAGAAUACUAUGAUAGUGUUAUGGAUAAAUUUAUGAAAGCAAUCGAGAAACUUGAAAAUACAAUAAAUAACAUUAAAGACAUAACAGAAGAUUAUAUCAAAAACUUAUCUAUUUAUGACCUGUUACGUGAUCAAAUUGAAGAAUUAAAAUCAUAUCCUUUCAAAGAAAAAUUAUGGGAGGAAAUACACAAAUAUUUGCAAGAACUAGAAGCGUCAUCGCCAACUUUAGAUUUUGCUAGUUUUAUCAAAGCUUUGGAUAAGUAUAUAGAUAAUAUCAUACAUGACAUACCGGUGAGUCAAAGUGAGAUAAUAACUCUAAGAAAUAAAGGACUUAUAGUCGUGAAGUCAAUGAUAUUUAAUUUCUCCGUUUACGUGGAUCACGACACAGCAAUGAAAAUGUAUAAUUCAUUACGUAAACUUUUCAACUUUGGCCAGACUAUUCUUUACAUAACCUCACCAAAUACAUUCCAAUAUGCAGCUAAUGACAAUCCUUUGUUAUUUGAGUUCAAUGAAUAUAAUAUGCAGUUGUAUCAUAAAUAUUUGAAUCCAUCGAAUUUAAUACCACCGUACGAUGUUCAAAGUGUUAUUAUUGACUCCGUCAAUAUAAUUACAUACAAUGGUCAGCCCUAUAGCUUUAUGCCAAACACUGGAUGUUAUACGCUGGCUGAGGAUUUUAUAAACAACAAGUUUUCAAUACUUGCAUAUUACAAGGAUAACAUUUUAACAAAAUUAUCGAUUUCAACUCAUAAUGACGAAACAUACGUACUACUUUCUGGAGGAAAUGUUAUUGUAAAUGACAAAGAUGUUAAUUUUCCAUUUAUGAAUGAUAACUUAAAAACUUGGAGGGAUGUUUAUUACUUCGGAAUUGACAUUGCUGUUGGCGUCAGUAUUAAAUGCACUUUAGAUUUCAAUAUUAUUCAAAUAUUUAUUAAUGGAUACUAUUAUGGUCAAGUGCGUGGUUUACUAGGAUCAAUGUAUCAAGAACCUAAAUUUGACUUCAAACUUCCUAACGGAGAAUUAUCCAAUGACAUGGAAUCGUUUUUGUUGGCAUACAGACAAACAGGAAAUACUGAACCGACUAAUACCGAUUUACUACAAACCGAUCAAUCACUGUGUUCCAGCUUGUUCUCUGGAAAAUCUAGUUUAAAACCGUUUUUCCAAAUUAUUGCGCCAACAUCGUAUAGAGCGAUUUGCAAUCAAAUCGUUUCUUCGGCUACAUCUGAACAAGACAGUUUGAAUAAGGCUUGUUUAGUGGCAAAAGCUUACGUAAGCAUGGCCAGACAAAACUUUAUGUUAAAUUGUAAUAUUCCUGAUAUGUGCAUAACGACAUCGAUACACGAAAGAACUUUAGACGCUACGACUAAUGUCCAAAUAUCUGAUCCAAACGACGCAGCAGAUAUAAUGAUUUUGUUCGAAGAGGCCGUAGAAAUUGAACAAACAUUUUCAAAAAUAUUAAAUCCUUUAAUGAAAAAAAUUACGAGCAAUUUUAAAAAAAAUGGAAUAAAUGACGUCAAAUUUAUUCUUGUUGGAUACUCUGGUAAAAGUACAGAUUCCGAAGUUCAUAUGUAUACAACUAAUGAGGAUGAUAGCUAUGAAAAAGUAUUGAGUGACAUGCCGGAAUGGAAAGAAACUCAGAUCACCACUACAGAUGACGAUUCAAAAACAAGUAGACUGCAAUCUCAGCUUAUUCAAUCGUUUAAAAAAGUUACGGGUCAAAAUUCAAAAGACAAAGCGUACAAACUUUCGGCCGAUUAUCCGUACAGAGCGAAUGCUGUUAAAGUCGUCUUGUCCGUUGCACAAUCGCUAUAUGAUACCCAAAGUUCCAUAAUAGACGUAUCUCAGUAUACGUUCAACUACGUAUCGUCAUGGUAUACGAAACAAGGUAUUACCUUUUUCCUGAUUGCUCCCAUCCAUUUGAGUGAUGCUUCGGAUGACAAAACAUUUGGAGCGAGUGGUGAAAACACAAUUUAUACAAUUUCAUCGCCAAGUGGUAAAAACAGCGACAAUGGAUAUACUUAUAACAAAUCAUUAGAGACGGAUUUGGUGUUAAUGACAAGUGGGACCAUGUACGAUUCUCGGUUUUUGGACCAAAGCACGAGUUCACAAGUAAACACUUUAUUGCAUUCGUUGUGUAAGACCAUCGUAAGUACGUCCGAUAGUGAUUCAGUUGUCGAGAAAAGUUGUUCCAGUUCACUGUACAGUGGUGUGAUGCCGUAUGUGAAAUGUAUUGUCGUCACGAACUGAUUUAUGAAAAACAGAAUUAUAUAAAGAUACGCAACAACAUGUGUGUUUUUGUCAAAUUACAGUUUUAAAUCGACAAUUGUUUAAUAUGUAUUUUUUAUAUCAAAAAUAUGUAUCACC